AUGGAUGAGCGACCCAUACGAUAUGAGAUCUCAAGGCCGUUGCAUAUACCGCCACCACCUCCACCUCCGCCUCCACCUCUGCCUCUGCCUCCGCCUCCGCCUCCACCAGUCCCGCAAGAGCUCCCGGGUAGUCCGCUCCCAUGGACGACAAUGGUCUCACGGCCGCUUUCUGAUAUUCGCGAAUUGAGCGAGCCGAGUCUUAUGGACCACUUGAUCCGCCAACCCAGUGCACGUUUCCACGCUCGCCGGAGUCGAUCGAGAGCAAGAUCUAUGCAGCGGAACGAGCCAACAACACACGCGGCGCCAAUGAAGGUGUCGCAGCAAGCGGCGCGAUUCCCAUCCAGCUGCGUACAGUACGCGCAGGAGAACGGGUCCUCCUCCUACAGUAGCACACCGGAGCAGUCCACUUUCUACAGCAUACCACAAUCAAGCGUUCCUCAACGAUCAUCUUCCCAGUCGAACAGCCAUCGACAACCUAAAACUCAUUCACGGAAACACUCAAUUCGUACACAGUUGAAAGCGGAAUUGGCGCCUCCUUUCAGCCAUGGAUUCUCCAUCCCAAAUCGUGGGAGCAGCAAUYCUCCUGUCAAAGAGAUUGGCGCACGACUUGAUCCCAUCACCUCGGACGCGGCGCGUCGAAUACCMUCGCAGACUCACGUUCGGAGCCCUCAUCCAUCAGAUAUUCUGGAGUUUCCAUCAUACAAGCAUCCACGAAUCAGGCUUGAACUUCAAAUUUCUGCUCCCCUAUUUGUCGGUGGUGGCAGCGUCGAGGGAUAUGUUCGGGUCACAGUUGACGACAACGAGCGAGUUCGGCAUCGACGCUCCCUCAGCAUCGGGGCGAUCUCCGUGGACCUGCUUGGAUUUGAGGAGAUGGGACCGAGUCGGAGGUCAACGUUUCUUGCUCUUGGGACUGAGCUCAUUGAUGGAGGUCAUCCCCCACCUUCGACAAUGGUACAGCCUGCAAACCCACUCUUCGCAGACGACAGAUUCUGGUCCAUGGCACCGUCCUGCUCCGCACUUCCUUUCAUGAUAAGUCUGCCGCUGGACACUGGGCCGCCGCCAUUCCACUCCCGACACGCCAGCAUUCGAUUUCUGCUCUGCGUGACGGCCCUGGUACGGGAUGCUGGCAAACACUAUCGCGUAAGGACGUCGCAAGACGUCUCAGUACUYCCAACUUACGAUCCCGAAAAGGCUCUCACGUCUCUUCCCAGUCCAUUAACAGCCGCCGAAGAGAUGCACAUUCCACGCGGCGGAGGCCACGAGAGUUUGAAGGUCACAGCUGGUCUUCAUCGUCAAGUCUGGGUCAGCGGGAGCAGCAUUUUUGUCGAUGUCCACAUUUCGAACAAGUGCAGAAAGCCAGUGAAGAAGCUCGAACUUACGCUGGAACGAAACAUCCUGUGCUAUAAGCACGCCGCCGCGGCAACCAUGGAGAAAUCAGCUGGCCAAGCACGUAUAUUCGAAAGCAAUGAACAGAGCAUACUUGCACGAUCAGCUUGCAAGCCGAAUUCAAGUGGCUGGAAUGGAGUAGAGCCUCACACCUCAGACACGCGGACGUGCGAGCUCGAACUGCCCCGAGGCCAUGGAACGGKGCGCUGUGGAAAAUAUUUCGAAGUCCGUUACUUUCUCAACGUGUCAGUAGCACUGUCGAGUUCCAAGUUGGUGUCGAUACAGCUGCCAAUCAUCCUGAUUCAUAUGAACUCCUUGGAUGUGGUCCCGAACUCGGUGGCUCAAGUAGCUGCAGCAAUCGAAGAAAAGCGGGCUCACCGGCAGGCGAGCCGUUCAAGACUUGGAAGACCGGGAGGCUCACAUCUCCGGCAACGAUCCCUUUCCUCCCCGGCACGUACGCCUGAGCUGGACGUGCAUCCUUCGUACGCCCAAGGGCGUGCAUUCGCUGCUCCUCGACAACAGUCCCUGGACCGGCAAAGAGAGCAUCGAGUGGAUAUGGAGGUCCUCCGUGACGCUCUGGACUCAUCGCCACGCAGGUAUCCACCCCCAUCUUCGCAAGGAAUCACGAUCAAAAAGACAACCAGCAAUGUCAGUAUUGGCGCUCUGGCCUUUACCAACAAGAGCACGGAAAGCCUGGGGAUGCUCGGCGCCAUGUCUUAUCGAACACCUCCCUCGAACCGCAAUGCUCGCAACUUUGAUUUGGCUGGACAUGAUGCUGGGAGUAUUCGGGAUCGGCUGAGGAGGAUCGGAAGCCUUGAUUCAGUUCGCAGCAAAAAGUCAUGCGCUACGUCCCAGCCACAGAACCAGAACAUCCGACCGUUCAUCCGGCGUUCCUCAAGCCACACUGAUAUUGCACCACAGACACUUGGACUCACCACAACAACCCGCAAAGUCAGCAUUGAUGCACCGAGUGAACGCUCUGCAACCGCCAUGAGCUUCCGAGACAAGCUUGAUAGAAGUCGGUUCGAGUUCAAAGCAGUGCGAAGAAAAGCGAGCGGAAACUUGAAGGAACGUAGCAUGAAUUGGUGGGACCAAAAGAAGAAAGAGAGGUCGCAAGAGGGGUGGAUUUGA